AUUCCCUGGUGCUGGAGUUAACAGACAGAUGUGGGCUACCAUAUUGGUGCUGGGAACUGAACCUGUAUCUGCUGUAAGACCAGGAAGCUCUCUUAACCACGGGGCCAUCAUUCCGGCCUUGGGUACCAGUUUUUAUUAUUGGUUAUUUAUGUAUAUGUGUGCACUUCUCUGUGUGUAUGGACAUGUGUGUUGCUGUCUCUCAGAAGCAGAAGAGGGUCUCAGACCCCUGGAACUGGAGUUACAGGUGGCUGUGAGCCUCCCCACAUGAGUGCUGGGAUCUAAACUUCACCCUCUGCAAGAACCGCCAACAGGCGCUCUUAACUACUCAGACAUCUCUCAGCCCCCAGUGUGUUCCCUUUUUAAAGGGAUGUGCAUGUGAGUUUGGGUAUCACUGGAGGCCAGAAGAGGGCCUUGGAUCCCACUGGAACCGCAAAUACAUGGCUGUGAGCGAGCCACUGUCUUAGUUAGGCUGAUGUGGCUGUGAGGAAGCACCAUGACCAAAAAUCAAGUUGAGGAGGAAAGGGUUUAUUUUGGCUUAUGCUUCCAUUGCUGUUCAUCAAAGCAAAUUAGGACAAGAACUCAAACAGGCCAGAAACCUGGAGGCAGGAGCUGAUGCAGAGGUCUCAGAGGGGAGCCGGCCUGCUCUACCUGGCUUGCUCAGCCUGCUUUCUUAAAAGACCAAAGAUGAUCAGCCCACAAUGGGCUGAGCCCUCCACCAUCAAUAGCUAAUUAACAAAAUGCCUUACAGCCAGAUGUUACGGGGCAUUUUCUCAAGGCUCCUUUUAGAUAUCUAAUUUGUGUUUCAACUUGACGUAAGACCAGCUACCACGGCCACCACGUAGUGCUAAGAAUUGAAAUUACAUCUUCCUGGAUUACCAGCCAGUGCUCUUAAAUACUGAGCCAUCUCCAGCCCCGUAUUGCUUUCUUUAAAAGGAUAGAAUAAGAGCAUUAUAGGUUACAUGGAGAUUUAAGAUUGACACAAAUUAUUUAGGCUAUGAUCUAAUGUCCCCGAUCUCUUGUACUAAGGCACUGAGCACCUAUGAUCCUGCUACUCAGCUAAGACAGGAAUGUUCUUUGAGUCCAAGUAUUCAAGCUUGACUUAGACAAUUACUUUUUCCUUCCUUUUUUUUUUUUUAUUAAGUUUUAAACACUCUUAGAGGCUGGCCUCAAAUACUUAGCAACUCUCCUGCCACAGAUCCCAAGUACUGAAUUAUAUAUAAGCUUGUACCACCCCACCCCAGCUGGUAGGACUUGGGCUUCUUUUCUGGGACAGGGUCUCACUGUGUAACACAGGCUGUUCCCUAGUGGUCCUGCCUCAGCCUCUCUGGUGCUGAGAAACUCAGGCGUGCACCAACACUUUCAAUGUAGCUCUUUCCAUCCAUAACCUAGGGAGGAAACCCUGUCCUGGCCAGUAUGAGGCAUCCUGCUCUACCAUGUGAUUCUCAUCUCCCUCAGGGGAGAGGGCUAGGGUAGGGCGGGUCUGAAGAGCAUCACUCUGAACUUUACCGCCCUCCCUUCUCUGUCCAUUGGGAGGCAGAAGACAGGAAAUGACUGCCAUGAAUGUGGUAGGAUUUUUACCAAAACAGCUUUUUGUGAUUUAGGCCCCAAGCCAUCCACAGAUGUUUUCCUGUCUAAUAUCAGCCAGGUGCCCUCCCUCCCUCCAAUAAUCCUCCUCUCCCCAUCCCUUCACAUGACUGUAGCCUUUGGAUUCUCAGUUCCUGGCUGCUUUCCACAUUUCAUUCCUCUGUCAGAACCCAGGCAUCCUGGCCUCCAGCUGAAACCGCUGCAUGUGGCUUCCCCUAUCCCUGGCCCCGUGACUCAGUCCCUCUGAAGGAACCAGCCCUCUUCUUGGCACACAGGGGCUGCUAGGUGGUGACAUCAGAGUUGAGUAUAAAAGUUCUCAACCAAAAUAGAAUUGAAGAUACAACCUGACAGUGCACUGUGACAGGGAUCUCUCCGCCUGAUAGCCACGGAUGUCUGGAGGCAGACUCACUGUGUCGAGGCCUACCCACUGGUCUUGUCCUGGAAGGCUGAGCAUUUACCCACUCACUCCUUCCCUUCCAGACUCCAUGUUGGGCUCUCUUUCUCUUCUGUGGCUGGUGGCCAUGACCACCUCCUUGGUUUCCCAAGCUCAGAUAUUGACCAUGGAAGACUACCAGGUAGGGGAAGAAGAUGAUGUGACGCGAACUACACCUUCCUUAGCUGUCCGUUGCGACUAUGACCGUUGCCGCCACCUGCAGGUGCCCUGCAAGGAGCUGCAGAAGGUUGGGUCAGUAGCCUGCCUGUGCCCAGGGCUCUCCAGGGAAGAUCAACAGCCAGAGCCUCCUCGCCUGGUAGAAGUGCAAAUAGUGGCUGAAGAAGGUUAUGCAGUGGCUCACUGGUGUGCUCCCUUCUCUCCAGUCAGCCACUACUGGCUUCUGCUUUGGGAAAGCAACGGGGCUCCACAGAAGAGUGCCUCUCUCAAUGCUACAGUUCGAAGAGCAGAGGUGAAAGGACUGAAGCCUGGGGUUGCUUAUGUCCUUUGUGUAGUGGCUGCUAAUGACGCUGGUGUGGAAGAGGAGCUGCUUCAGACUGUUCAUAUCAGCUAUGAUUUUUCCCAGGCUCUGGCAGGGCAUGAUUCUGCCAGGAAUCUAUGAAAGCCAGAACAGGGCAUCAGAUCUACAGGAAGAAACCAAGUGUCCAAAAAGGGAAGAAACGAGAUCCAUCUGCCUCUGUGGUGCUGGAAUUGAAGGUGUACAUCACUACAACCACCGGGGAUGGAGGACCUGCAUGCAACUGCCAGCACCCACACAGUGGUUCGUAGCUACCUGUAACUUCGUUCCAUGGGAUCCGAUGCCUUCUUCUGACCUCUGAGAGCACCGACCAUGCACAUAGUGCAUGAACAUACAUGCGGGUGAAAGACUCACAUAAAGUAAAGUGAAUACAUCUAAUUAAAAUAAAGACCACUUUAUGGGCUGGAGAGAUGGCUCAGCGGUUAAGAGCACUGACUGCUCUUCCUGAGGUUCUGAGUUCAAUUCCCAGCAACAGAUGGUGGCUCACAACCAUCUGUAAUGAGAUCUGAUGCCCUCUUCUGGUGUGUCUGAAGACAGCUACAGUGUACUCAAUACAUGAAAUAAAUAAAUAAAUCUUAAAAAAAAAAAAAAAGACUGGGGUUGGGGAUUUGGCUCAGUGGUAGAGCGCUUACCUAGGAAGCACAAGGUCCUGGGUUCGGUCCCCAGCCCCGAAAAAAAAAAAGAAAAAAAAAAAAGACCACUUUACACGUAAAAAAUAAAAGAUGGGCAGAUUAGGCCCUGUACUAAACAGGAUUCUUUAGAGGAACUGAAAUGAGUGUGUGUGUGUGUGUAUUCAUUUUUUUUAAAGAUUUAUUUAUUUUAUGUAUAUGAGGACACUGUUGCUAUCUUCAGACACACCAGAAGAGGGCAUCAGAUCGCCUUAAAGAUGGCUGUGAGCCAUCAUGUGGGUACUGGGAUUUGAACUCAGGACCUCUGGAAAAGCAGCCCCGUGUGUACUCAUUUUAUAUAUGAAAUAUAUACACACAUACACACGUGUGUGUUAGAUUGGCUUCCUUGAUGGUCCAGGUAAUUCAUCAAUGAGAAUCAGUAGUUACUCAGUCUACAAAGCUGAAUGUCGCGACAAUUCUGAUCUGGCACUUUAGACCUAGAGGACUCCUGGAGAGUCUACAUGGGAAUCCUGGACAUCUGGAGAUCCUACACAAAAUCCCUGCCAUUCCCACCAAGGGCAGCUGUGAAUGGCUGUGGGGAAACAUUCCUUAAGCUAAGCCUGAAGACCUAAAUCCAAUCCCUGGAACCCGUGUGGUAGAUGGAGAGAACUGACUUCUGUUUCAUCUGACCUCCACUGGUGUAGCCGCACAUACAUGCAUGCAAAACAGUCGUGAUAAAUAAAUCUAAAAAAAGUUAGAGCACCUGUCAAUAGAUAAGUAUAACUUAAAAGUGAAACGAAGCCUAUGCUUUUAAAUCGUAAGGACUGGGAGGCAGUCAGGCACAUAUCCAGGUUCCAGACCAGCCUGAUGUAUGUAAUGAGUUCCAGACCAAUUAGGGCUAUAUCAUGAGACCAUGUCUCAAAACCAAAAAACAAAAGAAAAGAAGAAAAAAGAAGAACAUCAAGUCAAGCAUGAUAAAUCACAUAAUCCUAUAAUCCUAAUAAUGGGGAGGCUGAAGCAGAAUGGCCAUGCCUUUGAGCUUAGCCUGGGCAGGACAACCAACUGGGCUACACAGGAAUACAUAAUACACUGCCAUUAGAAAAAAAAGCAUGGCUGACUUCGUCACUGCUAGUUGGGGCUUGGGUUUAGGUCUUUUCAAACACUAAGCAAUUUGGUUCGGAGCUAGUUUUUGAGCCCUCUGCCCACCGCCAUGGAGGAGCCACCAGAGAAAGUCGACCCAGUUGUAGUCCCAGAAGCUCCUCAAAUGAAAGAUGACGAGGACGCGUCCGCUGAUUCAGAAGUCCUACAACCAGAAACACUAGUAAAGGUCAUGAAAACGCUAACCCUGAACCCCAGUGCCGAACGGUCAGCACGUCAUCACAGCCUCAGUGUCCGGAUUCAGGGCAGGCCUGUGGAGAACAGAUGUGAAGGAAUCUUGAGGGAAGUUCAAAGCCUUUCCCAAGAGAAGGGUCCACACAUUGUUGGUGGUGCUGAGAGAUGCCGGAGCAAGGAUGAGAAGAUUUGUUGGGAUUGAGCAGAGACAACAAAGGCUUGAAGGAAAUGAGUAGGAAGGGAAGAGUGAGCCACUCAGACGUCUCUGUGCUUCCUGCCAUCGUCAGAGAUGGAAUCCGUCUAAGAAAGCUAAAAUCCGGAAGAAUUAGGACAGUCGGUUUAUGUACACUAUCCUUGCUGCUCAUGAUGCCAUGCAGCAGACCUGAAAACUGGUUUUUGUUUUUUAAAGAUAAAACUUUUCCUGGUGCUGGGGAACACGUCUUGUUAACCUUUCAACUAUGUAGGAAGUGUGACGGUUGAAUUCAUGUGAAGGACUUAAAUUUACCCAAAGUAUGGAGAAUGAGUUAAAGCAUUCUGUGAACUUUAGAAGCCUCAAGCUGGGGGCUGAGAAACACUGUAACUAGAAUUUGGGGUAGUUUGCUUUAGAAGGUAAUUGGAAUAGGCCUUUGGAUUUUCUAGUUUGCAGAAAUGUGUAAUAAAGGCAAUUUUGUUAUCUUUAACAAACACACAGAACAGAUUAGAAUGAGCCAUUGGAGAUGGGGGGUUGUUUUUACAGGAGCACGUGUGGGUGCGCACACUCCUGAUGUCCAGAGUUCAAUGUGUGUUGCUAACCCUGUUUAUUUCUGCUCCAGGCAGGGUCUCCAUGAGCCUAGCCAGUCUCUCAGCUCGUGGUCCUGCCUCCCUUGUUGCCCAAGUUUUGACGCCACAGGCUUGACAGCAAGAUCUAGAAAAUGCUUGUCUUGAUUUUGUGUUUGUUCAUGCUGUGUAAUAAAAAGAACAAUUGGUUGAUGUAUUCCUAAAUUUAAAAAAAAAAAAAAAAGCACCAGGUGAUGGUGGCUCACCCCUUUAAUCCCAACGCUCAGAAGGCAGAGACGGGUGGAUCUCUGAAUUCAUGGCCAGCCAGGGCUACACAGCAAAACCCUGUCUUGAGAAAAGAGACUUGUGGGGUUGGGGAUUUGGCUCAGUGGUAGAGCGCUUGCUACCCUGGGUUCGGUCCCCAGCUCCGAAAAAAAGAAUAGAAAAAAAAAGAAAAAAGAAAAAAGAGACUCGUAAGCAAGCAAAGCUUGGUAGUCUAAAGAAAUGAGAAAUCCUUAGAGCUACCUUAGAGCUAGAAAAGGCAGGACAUUUCAGGCAGAGAGCUGGUACGGCAAGCCCAAAGGCUCAGGGCCCGGUUUAUACCAUGUAAGGUUAUCCUGAGGGGCUGGAGAAGAAAUGCACAGCAACACUAACACGUCAUACUGUCUGGCCAAGUAUCAACUACCAUGGCUUUAUAGAUCCUGCUCUUGAGGAAAGGGGUAGAUCAAGGGGUAAUCAAGGAUAGAUUACCCCUUUGGCAAUAGGACGGAGGGUGGCUAGAUCCCUCCAACAGUGUGAGUAGGUCCAAGAGUAUGAAUCAUCUAUGGCUCCUAAUAAACACUGCUAGGCUAAUUUACCAUUGAGCUACAUCCCAAAUAUCAAAAGUUGUUUUGGGAGAGGGGAUGCAUGGGAGACAGGUUCUAAUGUGAAUCUUACUGUCCUGGAACUCCCUCCAUAGACCGUGCUGGCUUUGAACUUACAGAGUUCUCACAGGAGACUUAACUGCCUUUGUCUCCAAAGUGCUGGGAUCAAAGGCGUGCACCACCACAUCCAGCCUUAUUUUAAUUAAUUAUAAUCAAUUAUUAAUUAAUUAUAAUCAUAAUUUUAAUUAGUUUUGAUCAUAUUUAUCGAUGUAUUAUGGAAGUGGGGCCUUGCAUGUCAUUCUUGUUGGUAAAGGUCAGGAGAUAAAAAUACUACUUGGUAAAUAAGAAAACCCAAGUUAAGAAAGAUGGAGAAAAAAAAACAAUAUUAUAGUUAAAAAAAAAAAAACUUGGUCUUUUAAAAAUAAAAUACAGGGGGCUGGGGAUUUAGCUCAGUGGUAGAGCGCUUACCUAGGAAGCACAAGGCCCUGGGUUCGGUCCCCAGCUCUGAAAAAAAGAACCAAAAAAAAAAAAAGAAAAAAGAAAA